UCGAUUCAAAUAACUACGAAGUUGUAACUCGAGUGGAUUCUCGACUAGGCUACGAAGCCUACGACUACGAAGUCGAUUUAAACAACUAUGAAAUUGUAUCUCGAGUGGAAUCUCGACUAAGCUACGAAGCUUACGACUACGAAGUCGAUUCAAACAACUACGAAGUUGUAACUCGAGUGGAUUCUCGACAAGGCUACGAAGCCUACGACUACGAAGUGUCUUUAGAAGAUUUUGGAGGAGAUGGUGUUGAUUACCGUUCUGCUUUCAAUACAACUACGCUGUUUAUUAGUGAUGUGGAGGAUAUUAAGGAUGCAAAAAGUACGACAAUUAUGAAUGGUUUCUUUUUGACUAUUUCGAAACACAAAAAACCCGGAAGGCUGAAGAUCUUGAAGUGCGAUCGAGGCGAACGUUAUAGAGGCAAAAACGUAGAUAUGAAUAAAGCUGUUUCGAGACGUUCAAAAACGAAAGCGUGCCAGUGCCCUUUUGAGAUACAAGUAAAGCGUGUUGCCAGAUCGACAUACUGGAUGAUCCACACGAGUCAAGACGAAACGAAGGGAUACCAUAAUCAUUCAUUUGCCGUGUAUCCUGAGGGCCAUCGACAGUCGAGCGGCAUAAGCGUGUCAUCCAAAAAAAUUAUUCAUGAAAUGACUGCUGCGCAUGUGACACCAGCAAAUAUUUUGGCCACCGUCCAGGAAAAAAAUCCACACGAUCAUGCUAAUCGGCGACAUGUAUAUAACUAUAGAGACUGGUUGCGUAAGGAAAGUUUUGAGGGUAGGGAAGUUCCUACCCAACUUCUACAUUUGGCAAACAGCAGCAACUACAUAGUUUAUACAAAUGUCGAUCCGAAUACAAAUGCGCUGACACACAUAUUCAUGGCCCAUCCUGAUUCAGUGAGUCUAUUCCGGACUUAUUAUUGGUUUGUCGGCAUAGAUUCGACGUACAAAACCAACAAGUACAAGAUGCCGUUGGUCGAGAUGAUUGGCAUGACGCCGUGCAACAAUAACUUUCUAAUUGCGUAUGCCCUCAUGAAGGACGAGAAAGAGGCCAGUUAUGAUUGGGUUCUCGACAAGUUGAGACUUCUCAUAGGCUAUACG